AUGGCGCCCAAGUUAUCUGACAGUGCUAAGUCGACACCCAGCUUCAAGCAAUCUGACAGAUUCAAGCAGCCAAAUAAUAGCAAACAAUCUGAUGGCUUCAAACAAUCCGACAGUUUCAAGCAGAACCGGUUCUGCUGGUCUGUCUUCGGUCUGUGGCCUGGAAAAAUACCCGAAAAAUAUUAUAAAUUCUUUUCUUUCGCCUAUCUUAUGAUCAGCUACGUCGUCUACAACGCCCUUUUGACUUUAAACCUCUACCACACUCCGCGACGAAUCGAGACGCUCAUACGAGAAAUCAUUUUCACGUUCACCGAAAUCGCAGUGGGCAGCAAAUUGUCUAUGAUACUUUUUAAAAGAAAUAAAAUCGCCGCCAUUUUCGAAAUGAUCGACCGCGAAGAAUUCAAAGGAAACGACGAUAUUGCCAGAGAAAUUGUUGUAAAACACAACGAUUAUUACAAGAAAUAUUUAUUAUUAAACACCGUGCUGUCGAAUUUUACUUAUUUCUCUCAAGUGCUUUUCCCCGUUUUUGGUUUUUGGUUUUUUGGGAACACGCUGGACUUACCUAUUUGCAAAUAUUAUUUUCUCUCUGAUGAAACGAGAGAUUAUUAUUUUACUUCAAUAUUUCUUUAUCAAUCGUUCUUCAUGUAUGGUCACAUGAUGUAUAAUGUUAACAUAGAUACUUUGAUCGCCGGUUUCAUGGUGUUGGCCAUAGGUCAAGUGAAGGUUCUGUGUCACGAUUUGGAAAAUUUGAAAACGGAUAAAUCUGUUGGCGGCCAAUCAAUAAUAGACCUUCAACAACAAUACAAACUGCGUAAAAUUUUGAAUCAUUACGAGUUGCUUUCGGAGUACUGCGACAGAUUUCAGGACGUGAUCGGCCGAACGAUGUUCGUUCAGUACGGGAUCGGCUCCGGCAUCAUUUGUGUCAUCAUGUGCGGUUUACUUCUGCCUUCAUCAUUGGAGACACAAAUGUUCAUGGUUGGCUACUUUAUGGCAAUGAACCUGCAGAUCUUCGUUCCGGCCUGGCUUGGGACCCAGCUCACCUACGAGAGUGAAGCAUUGACAACGGCAGCGUACAAAAGCGAAUGGCUGCCGCGCUCUGAACGUUACAAAAGCAGCAUCAAACUCAUGAUGGAGAGAGCCAAGAACCCUGUCAUCAUCACCGGCCUGAAGAUAUUUCCUCUCUCAUUGGCUACUUAUAUACAGAUAAUGAAAACAGCCUACUCCUGCUUCGCUUUGCUUCGCAUCAUCCAAGACCGCCAGGAACAAACUGGGGCAUAAUGCCUUAACUUUGCAUUUAUCUCACAAAUUCUCGCGUAGUGUUGGUACAUCCACAAACGAAAAAAGAUAAUUUCACGCAAUAAAAAAAAUAUUAAAUUUGUGCUUUAACUUAGCAUAAUCAAAUCAAUUAUAUCUAAAAGAUCUUGUUGAACACUAUUGAAAUAUAUUUCUUUAUAUUUUAUAAGUAGUUGUAAUUAUGCAAGUAACAAUUAUUUAUGCUCAGACAAAUGUGGUAAAGUGCCGACUUAAUCAUUAAGAUGUAUGGCUUAUAAAAUAAAUAAGAAUUAACAAAAAUUGUGGUAAAAGUUCUGCGAUAAAACUCGAACUCACGAUUAAAGAGAACAGCAGACAGUUACAUACAAUAAACAACAUUAAAUUUACGACAGGGGAAUGGGAAUGAAUGUUUAUCGGUAUUGUAUAUCAUAUAAUAUAAUAACGUUAUUAGGGAUUUAAUUCAAUAAUCCCCAUAAUUGCGGCUGAGCGCCUACUGAAAAGCAAUGAGCAAUAAAUGUCAGCGCGGAGUAUUUGGAGCGAGUCCAGGAUUGGCGUAUUUGAAACAAACUCGGUUCAAAUUAAGUUUUUAAUUGUUUUAAUGGCCAUAAUAGUUUGAUAUUAUCUGUGUAGUUAUUACGGUGAUAAAAGUAAUUAAAGUUAGAUACUUAUUCAAGUGACACGGUUCGUUCUAAACUAUCUUUGCACAACUUUGCAACUAUAAAGG